AGACGGGGAAAGAGGGCAAGCGGGCGCUUUAUGAUUCUGUGCUGUGCUACGACAAGGGAGCUGAACUCUUUGAUUUCCCCUGAGUCACCUGUGUGGGUGAAGUUUAAACGGGGGCGCCCGGGUUGACGGCGAACCUCUUUCUCCAGCCUGAGGAGUUGCUUCCGUGUGUCUGCAGCGAACGGCGGCUGGCUGCUCUCUGCCCUCGUGGGGAAGGAUGCUUGGGCCAGGAGCAGGAUUACAGUAUGGGAUGCUAGGCACACACCAAAGAGUCGGAGUGCCUUGGUUCUGUUCUUCUCCAAGCCCUGACAGGUGUUCCUGAAAUGAACACCCUGCUUCAUUUUUAAAAUUACACCAAACCAAGUGCGACAAUGUGGCUAGGAUAAAAAAAAAAAAAAAAUUUUUUUUUGUUUUGUUUUGUUUUGUUUCCUAACCCUUCAUUUUCCUUUUCUUUGUAAUUGGGUGACAUAGAAGCAGUCUUUCUGCAUAAUGCCGUGCCUGACUCUCAACAUUGUCUGAAUAAGUGGGAAGGAGCAGGUUGGUUUAAAGGACAUGGACCGAUUGUAAAGCUGAGCUUCUUGUUUGCUGGGCUGUCCUUUGUCUGUAGUCGAUGUUGGUGUGAAAGAAGAUGAAAAAGGAAGGCUCUUUCAGACUCAAGUCAAAUUCAGGGUCUCUCUCACGUGCUGUGAGUUGGAUAAAUUUCUCCUCCUUGUCCAGGCAGACAAAGAGGCUGUUUCGCAGUGAUGGAGAGCUCUCGGUUUGUGGGCAGCAGGUGGAAGCAGAUGAUGAAAACUGGAAUUACAGAACCCAGCCCAGAAAAGCUGUCUCCAACCUCGAUGAGGAGAGUAGAUGGACGGUCCACUACACUGCUCCGUGGCACCAGCAGGAGAAUGUGUUCCUUCCCACCACAAGACCACCCUGUGUGGAGGACCUGCACCGCCAAGCCAAGCUUAACCUCAAAUCAGUAUUGAGGGAAUGUGACAAACUGAGGCGAGAUGGCUACCGAAGUUCUCAGUACUACUCCCAGGGGCCCACCUUUGCAGCCAAUGCCAGCCCACUCUACGAUGAUUAUCAAGAUGAAGAUGAAGAAACAGAUCAAAAGUGUUCUAUUUCUUCAUCAGAAGAAGAAAGAUUUAUUUCUAUCAGGAGACCUAAAACGCCAACCUCAAGUGACUUCUCUGACCUUAAUACUCAAACAAAUUGGACCAAGUCACUUCCCUUGCCAACACCAGAAGAGAAGAUGCGACAGCAAGCCCAAACAGUCCAGGCUGAUGUGGUUCCCAUUAACAUAACUGGGGAGAAUUUCGAUCGCCAGGCCAGCCUUCGGCGGUCUCUAAUUUACACAGACACUCUGGUAAGACGACCGAAGAAAGUCAAAAGGAGAAAGACUAUUACAGGAAUCCCUGACAACAUACAGAAGGAGCUAGCAUCGGGCACUGGCCAAGAUGAUGUCGGUGGUCACUCAGGAUACUCCCCAGACCACUGCUCCACACUAGGAAGGCUUGAUAGCUGUCGGUCUGCUGGGCUGCGCUCAGAAACCAGGGACUCCAGCUGUCAGACUGAGGAAGUGAAAGUUGUACCACCUUCCAUGAGAAGAAUCCGGGCACAGAAGGGGCAAGGCAUUGCUGCCCAGAUGAGCCACUUCUCCGGCUCCUCUGGGAACAUGUCUGUGUUGAGUGAUUCUGCGGGCAUUGUGUUUCCUUCUCGCCUCAACAGCGAUGCUGGUUUCCACAGUCUCCCACGUUCUGGGGCGAGGGCGAGUGUUCAGUCCCUCGAGCCACGACUGGGUGCCCUGGGCCCCACAGAAGACCUGGAUGGCGCUUACCCGUACCAGAGCGGUCACAACCCACAAGGAGAUGAAAAUUUAGGAGGUGCCUCAAGGACUGGAAUGCCUUUGAGGCCCAAGUCCCAGGAGCUGAGGCAUUUUGAGAAUGUCAUCAGCCCAGCGUGUGUGGUCUCUCCUCACGCCACCUACUCCACCAGUAUCAUCCCAAAUGCCACACUCUCUUCCUCUUCGGAGAUGAUUAUUAUUCACACUGCUCAGAGUUCCGGACCACUGGACAGUAAAAUUACCAGCUCCUCUUCAUACACAAAGAUCAAAUCCAGGGACCACCUCCUCUCCAGGCAUGCUAGUAAAGAGGAUCAUCAGUCUCCCAGUGGGAACUGGACGGAGGGUCACCCCAGCAUUCUUUCACAGGCCUUAGAUCAUCCCCAUUCCCCUGCUGCAACCACGCUGUUGUCCCUCUGUGACUCAGCGGUCUCUCUCAAUACUCCAGCAAAUCGGGAGAAUGGAUCCCAAGCCAUGAGCUAUAACUGUAAAAACAACCUGAGCUCUCCAGCCCACACCCAGGAUGUGGAUGGCAAGAGUGAGUCCAGUUAUUCUGGAGGCACGGGGCCUGGCAGCUCGGAGCCCUGGGAAUACAGUGCCCCUGGUAACGGGCAGGCAUCCCCACUGAAGGCACAUGUGGCAGCCCCUGGCUACUCCACUCCCGGAAGUAACGUGAGCAGCUGCAGUUUGGACCAAACCUCCACCAAAGAUGAUGCCAGGUCCCUGUAUUCAGAGGAGCACGAUGGCUACUACACGUCUGUGCACCCCGACCCGGAACACGGAUCUGGAAACCGGUACAGUAGCGAUGACUUUGGGAACCCCAGGCACAGUGUGGUCAAUGUUUUUGAUGGGAGAGCUCAGAAAAACCAAGGGGACCGGUCACACCACCAUGACAAGUCCCUUUCGCGAAACAUCUCUUUGAAGAAAGCGAAGAAGCCGCCUCUGCCACCCUCUCGGACGGACUCCCUGCACAGGAUUCCCAAGAAGGGCGUCCAGUCGAACGGGCAGGCUCUGAACGAGAGCCUGAUUGCCUCGCUCCAGCACUCGCUGCAGCUGAACCUCCCGGGCAAGGGCGGCAGCUCGCCCUCCCAGAGCCCCUGCAGUGACUUCGAAGAGCCCUGGCUGCCUCGUUCCCGCAGCCAGAGCACGGUGAGCGCGGGCAGCAGCAUGACCUCGGCCACCACCCCUAAUGUCUAUGCCCUCUGCGGGGCCACGCCAGCGCAGAGCGACACGAGCAGCGUCAAGUCCGAGUACACGGACCCUUGGGGUUACUACAUUGACUACACCAGCAUGCAGGAAGACCCCGGGACCGCAGGUGGGAGCUGCUUGGCAGGCAGCGGCGCACCAACAGGGAACGGGCCAGUCCACCACGUCCAGGAGGGAGCCAGGACUGUGAUGCCCCAGGUGCCUGGUGGCUCCGUCAAACCAAAGAUCACAUCGCCGGAGAAGCCCCACAGAGUCACUUCUCCGUCCAGUGGGUAUUCCAGCCAGUCGAAUACACCCACAGCACUCACCCCUGUGCCUGUGUUUUUAAAAUCAGCGUCACCAGCGAACGGGAAGGGGAAGACCAAGCCCAAGGUGCCAGAAAGGAAGUCCUCUCUGCUAUCUUCAGUAUCCAUCUCCUCCUCGUCCACGUCUCUGUCUUCCAAUACUUCCACGGAAGGAAGCGGGACCGUGAAGAAGCUGGAUUCAGUGCUGGCCUCUCCCCUUGCUGCUGCCCCUCUCCCCUCUCUUCCCUCACCAUGUCCCGCCGACAGGUCUCCUUUCCUUCUUCCUCCCCCACCUUUAGUAGAGUACCCCGACGGCUCUCUGCCUCGGUCUCCCCUCUUCCCCCCUCCACCGCCAGAAGUUCUCACCCCCUUCUCUCCCCCCACCAGCACAUGCUUUCCUCCCCCCCCCACGGCACCUAGCCCCCUUACUCUGGGUGCACCUGCUUCCCUGCCGCCCGCCCCCGCUUCUGGACCCUCCUCAGCUCCCCCGCCUGCCCCACCCCUUGACCCCAAAUGGAUGAAAGAUGCCAGGCCUUCUUUCAAAAAAUCUGGCCAGCCAGAUUGCUCCCGGGAAGCCUUUCGGCAGCCUUCUAGCAAGGAGGAAGGCAGCAGACCCCCCAUGCCCCUGAUAACCACUGAAGCGUUGCAGAUGGUACAGUUGAGGCCCGUGAAAAAGAACUCAGGAACCGAGCAAGCACUGUUAUAUGAACAAGUAUCUCAGGAAAAAGUAACUCCGGUUGUUCCCCAGUAUCAUUUAAAGCCAUCUGCUUUCUUGAAAUCCCGAAAUAGCAUAAAUGAAAUGGAGAGUGAAAGCCAGCCUGCCUCUGUGACAAGCUCGCCACCAACUCCUGCCAAGAGCUUGAGUCAGGGUCACCAGAACGGUGCAGCCGAGCGUGGCCUCCCGAGCCGCAGCCCGGGCAGCACCGGGGAGGCAGAGACUGGGCCCAGCCCCAGGGCCAACCCAUGCCAGGAGCCCCCCGGCCCUUCACCCAGCAGGAAGCCACCCCCCAUUUCCAAGAAGCCCAAACUGUUCCUCGUGGUGCCACCUCCGCAGAGAGACUUCACAGUGGAGAACGUGAGCAGAGCAUCACCCAGCCCCACGAGGAGAGAGGCAACAGAGAGUUGUAGAGCCGGGGCUGCCGCUGAGGAGACGGGCUCUGGCAGCUUGGUUCUUGAGGGAGGAGCCACAGGAUCUGCAUCCCCGGGUAGAGUGAAAGCCAAUGUCCCCAUGGUGCAGCCCGAUGCCGCGCCAGCCCCCUUGCAGGAGGAGCCAGGUGCCGAGAACGGUGCAGACGGUGGGGGCAACGUGGAGAGCUGCCUGUCGCUACAGGACGGAGGGCCUGGGGUUCCAGAGCCUGACACGGCUGGACCUUCCUCGGAGGCCUGUGACUUCCUCAGGGAUGAAGGGAGUGAUGAGGUGAUGACCCCCAGUAGACCCCGGACCACAGAAGACCUUUUUGCAGCUAUUCACAGAUCCAAGAGGAAAGUCCUCGGCCGUAAAGAUUCAGAUGAUGAUCACUCCCGAAACCAUUCUCCCUCCCCUCCAGUGACACCCACCGGUGCCGCCCCCAGCCUGGCGUCCCCAAAGCAAGUGGGCUCAAUUCAGAGAAGUGUCCGUAAGAGCAGCACCAGCAGUGACAACUUCAAAGCUCUGCUGCUAAAAAAGGGGAGUCGGUCAGACACCAGUGCCCGCAUGUCUGCAGCUGAGAUGCUAAAGAACACAGACCCUAGAUUCCAGAGGUCAAGGUCAGAGCCUUCUCCAGACACGCCCGAGAGCCCAUCCAGCUGCUCCCCAAGCAAGAACAGGAGGGCCCAGGAGGAGUGGGCCAAGAACGAAGGCUUGAUGCCUCGGAGUCUGUCCUUUUCCGGCCCCAGGUACGGCCGCAGUCGGACUCCACCUUCCGCAGCCAGCAGUAGGUACAGCAUGCGGAACCGGAUCCAGAGCAGCCCCAUGACUGUCAUCUCGGAAGGCGAGGGGGAGGCCAUGGAGCCUGUAGACAACAGGGCUCUCUGGGCCCUGGGCGCUGCGAGGGGAUGUUCCUCGGAUGGACUGGUGGGGGGUGAAAUGGACAAGGGCAGCCUGCUCUGUGGCGGGGAGCCCGCCGCCUCGCUGCAGGCACAGGGUCCUGGCCCCGCAGGAGGGACGGUCAGCGCCCAGAGCACAGGUCCAGCAGAAUAGUGUCGUCUGCGGGAAGACAGCUAAGGACAUGAGUGUGAAUCUCCCAGGUAACGGUGAGGGAGGCGCGCAACACGUGGCUCUAGGAAAGCCUGACAGGUGCCCUUCCCUGCCUGGCUCGUGGAUCCCACCCAGCGUUCAUGUGGUGGGCCCAGGCGCUGCCACCCCGGCAGCGGAAGGCGAGCAUCCCGUAGGACUCACUUGGCACUUGCCCUGUGGCUUAAAAGCAAGUAGAAGCUUAACUUCUGAAAGUGCUUCCUGGGGAAGAUUUUUUUUUUCCUUUUUUUUUUUCUUUUUUUUUGCUAAAUGCUGGGUGUGUAUGUGGAGGGGUGUGUGUGUGUGUGUGUAUUUUGAACACUUUUUAUUUUAAAAAAACAUACACACACAUACAGCAUGUACAGAAGUAGGAGAAGGAAACACAGUUAAGCUGGGUAGAGGAAUGGAGGUUUCUGGACUAGGCGGUAAUAAUUGCUUUAAAAAGUAAUUACAUUUUUGGAAAUUAGUGAGUUCCCGAAGACGAGAGAGAGAAGCGUUCCUUCUAAGCAAGAGGGGCCGACGCGCGGGUGCCACUGCAGAGGACACGUGGGUGUGGGCCCCGGUGUGCUUUCGAGGCGAGCCAUGUGAUGAACCCAAAAUGGGAAAGGGCUAACUGACUAAUGGGUUCAGGUACUUUUUUCCGGGGGGGGGGGGGGCUUUCUUUUUUGUGAAAAUGGGAAACGUGGUGGGGGGCGCAGCGCUAUAACUCAGAGCCUGCUGCUCUGCAGCCACAGACAGGACUUUGAGCCUGACUUUGAGACACGUGGGUCCUUCCUUGAGUAGCCGCGGAGGCCUCUUUGGAGGCGAGCACGACGGUGCGCAUGCGCAGAGGGUGAGAGCUAAGGGGGCACGCGAUACGCUGCUGGAAGCCAUUUCCUGCUUAUUCAAUGAGAUUCUUUUUCAGAAUUAAAUUUGAAAACUUGCACUACAGAACUGUGGGUGGAGAUUUUCCUUGUACGACUGUUUUUACCAGAGUUUAAACUUCCAUUUGGCAAUUUCUUAUCACUUGAAACAUCAACAUUUGCUAACUUUUGGAUAUCCUUUUGGUUACACCAAAGAAAAAGGUAUGGCUAUUUUUUUCCUUGAACUGCCUACAGUAUCAUGUCCUCAUUUAGAAAGGUUUAUCAGAAUCAAUUAUAUAUUACCUUACUUGGAAGAAAAUACUGAAUAGCUCUUGUUAGUCAAACUAAUACCAAUUGGCAGGGCUUGGCUAUUAAUUAGCCCUGGGAAAUGAGUUUUUAGAUUAAAAAGAUUUUUUGCAUCAUUUGGUUUGUGAGUUUUUAUAUUUUUUAUAAGGAAUUGAGUUGGCUAAUUACCUUCUAAUCUUCUCCAGUUAGAAUUUUAAUACUUUUAGGCAUGGGAGAAAAGUGUGUAAAGUAUUUAUUUUUAUGUCCUAUUAUUGUGACCUCCUUCUCCCACUCCCUCCCAACUUAUGUGUACUUGGACUCCUGUAUUUGUUGGCUAAAUAAAAUAAGUCUUGUCUUCUUCAUUCGAAGGACCUAAGAGGACAAUACUGAGAUUCUUGGCCUGGGUACAGUGCAGCUGCCAGUGGUCAUCUUUUUUGGUAUAAAAAUAUAAUUGAGAAGUUGUACUGCACAGGCCAGAUUCUCAAAGGGUUUGUUGUACUUUACAACUUUAGAUACCCGUUUUAUACACGGCUUUGAAACAAAAACAAACCUAAAGAUUUAAGACUUUUUCUGUUCUCUGAAGAAAACAAAACACUUCUUUUCACACAACCAGAAAUCAAGACCUAACAUUUGGCUGAAGGCUAAAGGACUUUAUACCAUUUGGAGCAAUUGUCUACUACAUUGGGCACAAGGAUCUUUUCUUCUCAAUUUUAGAAAAGUGGUGUUGGCUUUUGAAUAUGAAAUCUUCUCAUAGCUCCCUAAGCAAGAUUAGAAUGUACGUGAAUAAUCAGAAAACUUUAACUUAAUAUAUAAAUCAUUUAUGUCAAAGGUAUAAAGUAAAGAACAUCAAAACUAAUUAUAAAACUAUUUAAAAAAAUCCCCGUUUUUAAAGAAAAAAACAUUAGGUUUUAAAAUUCGCUUUGAAUAAAACAAUUGUAAAGUAAA